AGUUACACUCCUUCACUCAGUCACUCUCCCCUACCUGGUGACGUCCACGACUGCAAACAUCAGCUGCCUGUCAGGACUCCUCCUCCACUGAGCCACAAUGACCCACACCUUGUGCUCGAGCUGCCUCCUUUUCUUCCUGCUGUCCCUCUGCUGUCCCACAUGUGCUCAACCUCAACGCAGGGCAGCGCGUGCCCCGGCUGCCAAGGUGCGUUUGGCGGGAAACUGGGCUCGAGAGGCACACGAAGGGCGUGUAGAGGUGCUGCACAACAACACAUGGGGAACCGUGUGUGACGAUGAGGUGGACAUCAAGUUGGCCAAUGUGGUGUGCAGGGAGCUGGGGUUCCAGGGUGGGAUCACGUGGGCGCACAGUGCAAAGUAUGGAGAAGGACAAGGCCCAAUAUGGAUGGACAACGUUCGCUGUGAUGGCUCUGAGAAGUCUUUGAAGGACUGCAAGCAUAAUGGUUGGGGCAUACUGGCCAGUCGCAGACAUCCAGGUUAUUACCACGGGAAUGGACACCCGCAAGAGAUCCCCAGGUUUUACAGACCCUACCACUAUCAGGGUCGCAGUAAAGUGCAGAUCGAAGAAGUUCGUCUACGCCCCAUUCUGAUGGCUACGAAGACGAAGAACCUGGUCACAGAGGGUGUUGUGGAAGUGAAGCAUGCUGGGAGAUGGAGGCAGCCUCAGGAUGAUAAAGGGAUCUCUGUCCCCUCUCUACAGCCCUUAAUUUACAUCGUCUCUAGGCAAGUCACCUCUGCUCACCCUAUUGCCUCUUCGUCUCUCUGA